AUGGGACGAACUUCACUCGUUGAAAAGGACAAAUUGUUCUUCCUCCUCACUGAAUUGGGCGUCACUUAUCUACUACUGCAUGAUUUACCUACGAUUCCUGCACCAACUGAUAAGGAUACUGAUGAGAUCAAAGCAACUCGAAAGAAAUGGGAAGAGGAUGAAGUUCAGUGUAGAGGAUACAUCCUGAAUGCCUUAACUGAUAGAUUAUAUGAUCUCUUCUGUUUAAUCAAAUCUCCACAAGAAAUCUGGAAUGCCUUAGAGAACAAAUACACAUAUGAAAAACAAGGUAUUGACAGAUUUCUAAGCAUGAAAUUUUUUGAAUUUCGUAUGAUUGAUAAUAAGUCUGUCAUGGAUCAAGUCGAUGAACUACUUGUCUUAGUUUCUAGACUCAAGGAUCUGAAAAUAGAAGUGUUUGAUCCAUUACAAGUGGCUGCUGUAAUUGCAAAAUUGCCAACCACUUGGAAUGGCUACAUAAAGAAAUUGUUACACACUUCUGAGGAUUUUACCAUAAACCAACUCAUAAAGCAUAUUCAAAUUAAGGAAGAAACUUGA